CUAACCGUACGUCAAAUCCACCAUCUCUAUAUAAACACAAUAUAUAGUACUUCUUCUGGCAUAGCGUACUUCAUUCAACUUCACAUUCUGUUGUUGAGAUCUACCAACACAAGAAAUUCCCAAUCUUCAUAAUUAGGGUUAGGUUUCAACGAUUUCAAAUCGAUUCGAUUGUGAAUUUGUUGAAUUUUAAAGAUGUUUGGAAGAGCACCUAAGAAAAGUGAUAACACUAAGUACUAUGAAAUUCUUGGCGUUUCCAAAAGCGCUUCUCCUGAUGAUUUGAAGAAAGCUUACAAAAAAGCUGCUAUCAAGAAUCAUCCUGAUAAGGGUGGAGAUCCUGAAAAGUUCAAAGAGCUUGCUCAAGCUUAUGAGGUUUUGAGUGAUCCUGAGAAGCGUGAGAUAUAUGAUCAGUAUGGUGAAGAUGCUCUUAAGGAAGGAAUGGGUGGUGGCGGCGGUGGCCAUGACCCGUUUGAUAUCUUUUCAUCCUUCUUUGGUGGUGGUGGAUUUCCAGGUGGUGGUAGCAGAGGAAGGAGGCAGAGACGUGGUGAAGAUGUUGUUCACCCUUUGAAGGUUUCUUUGGAGGAUCUUUACCUUGGGACAUCUAAGAAGCUUUCUCUUUCACGGAAUGUCUUGUGCUCAAAGUGCAAUGGGAAAGGGUCGAAAUCUGGGGCUUCGAUGACUUGUGCUGGUUGUCAAGGUUCUGGUAUGAAGGUUUCUAUGAGGCAUUUGGGUGCUAAUAUGAUUCAGCAAAUGCAACAUCCUUGCAAUGAAUGUAAGGGUACUGGAGAGACAAUCAAUGACAAAGAUCGAUGCCCACAGUGCAAGGGAGACAAGGUUGUUCAACAGAAGAAAGUCCUUGAAGUUCAUGUGGAGAAGGGAAUGCAGAAUAGUCAGAAGAUUACAUUCCCUGGUGAAGCUGAUGAAGCUCCGGAUACAAUCACUGGAGAUAUUGUCUUUGUACUUCAACAGAAGGAACAUCCUAAGUUCAAGCGAAAGGGCGAAGAUCUUUUUGUAGAGCACACAUUGUCGCUCACAGAAGCUUUAUGCGGUUUCCAGUUCGCCCUCACUCAUUUGGAUAGCCGGCAACUAUUGAUUAAAUCAAACCCUGGAGAAGUUGUCAAGCCUGAUUCAUACAAGGCAAUCAAUGAUGAAGGAAUGCCAAUGUACCAAAGGCCAUUCAUGAAGGGCAAGCUUUACAUUCACUUCACUGUAGAGUUCCCUGAGUCUUUGACUCUUGAACAGGUUAAGGCUUUGGAAACUAUUCUUCCAGCAAGGCCUGCAUCACAGUUGACAGACAUGGAGCUUGAUGAAUGUGAGGAGACAACACUUCAUGAUGUUAACAUUGAAGAAGAGCAAAGGAGGAGGCAACAAGCUCAGCAGGAAGCAUAUGAUGAGGAUGAUGAUAUGCCUGGUGGUGCUCAGAGAGUACAGUGUGCUCAGCAGUAAUGAGUUUGGAGAAUUGGUAGAAUCAAUGGUGAUGUUCUUCUUGGAUGUUUCUGGAGCUAAACAUAGUUGUGUCUGAUGAAUGAUUUUUGAAAAAACAGUGUAGUGUUUAUUUGCGUAUAAAGAAAUUCUACAUGCUUCAUUUUUAUCAUUUGUUUCCUUGUGUAUGCAGCUACUCUGUCUUUAACUUAUCAACCAAUUUUUUCCUUUUGUGUGUUC